AUUUGUGAGAGGGGACGCUUCCAGGCCCGUUAACGGUCCACCCAGGAUUCGUAAGCAGCCAGAACGACCAAUUGCAUUCCGACAAAUUUCGGGCUCGACGCAGGCAGCACGGCGUCAAACCCAUUCACCGAGUUGGAAGAGACCCUGCAACCUCUGCAACGUGACAACCAGUUUGCCAUCAAAGGUUGUCACUGGCCUUGUAUUAGCCAGCUAUCUUCAAUUAGCUGAGCUAGCUACUAGCAAUCUAUCCAACAAAGCCGAGCCGCUAAAGAAGGAGUCAUUUCAUUUCAUCUCUCACGAUACGAUUCAUCAUUCGACGCCAGAGUAGCUUCUAUUCUAUUCAGGCUUUCUGAAUUGUUCUGUCUAUCUGCGAUCACCUAUUACUGCUCACGCUACCUACUACCGUACCAGUAGCUAGCUAUACCCACGAAACAAUCCAAGCACGAAAGAUCGACGAACGAAACGAAACAACGCUACUCUGUUUGUUAGUUGACCAUGGCUCAAGGCAAUCUCCCUCAACCUUGUAGUACCAGCACAAUGACUAUAACACGCGACAACAAUGGCGAAAUUCGGCUUCGAACGGUCAAGCGCUCCAAGACUCCUCCUCCAUCGGAACAGUUGAUGCUUCCGCAGACACCUCCACGAAUGUCUCACGGAGGAGAGAACAGCACUAUCUCUUCUCCUCGCCCCAAUCGAGCCCGCGUCAAUUCUCGAGAAUACAUUCACUCGUACGACGGAAUCUAUGCCGAUGGGGAUGACAUGGCGGGCUUUGAUAUUCAGCGCAAUGCCGGUAGUUGGUGGGAAAAUCAGCAGCGGCACAUGUUCUUGGCGUAUGUGAUUGUGCUUUUCUUUGUGGGGCUUUCCGUGGAAAUGAUCGUGUCGGGAUUGGUGGAGGAUAUUUCCGUUCGAAAGGCAUCCAUGACGGUCACCAAUCUCAUUCACUUCUCCGUGACGCUCAUCUAUUUGCACUGGAUGAAAGGAGGCACUCACGAAGAUCAGGGAGAUUUGGAUCAUUUGACGUUGUGGGAACAGAUUGAAGCCACACCCAAUACGGGAGGGCUACGAUUGGCUCUGAGGAUUGUUCCCACUGUACUCUGUUACAUGGCUUGUUUGUGGGCAGGAUUCACAGAUGGUCCACGUCUUUGUAUCAUCAAUUUGAUUAUUUGGUAUUUGACGCUGCUAGGGAAGAUGCCCUGGAUGAAUGGUGUUCGAAUCUUUGGAAUCAAUUCUCAUAUUACUGAUGGAGAACGCAAGGUAGAAGAACAUGCCAGGUCCAGCUAAGGGACGGGCAAGCACUGAAUGGAAUGGAAUCAAUCCAUGCAGCUUUCUCUUUUUUCUUCUUCUCAAAACAACAAACAACAACUGUCAGAAAGACCCUCGACUCGGAACCAGCGAUCUACCGUACUACAGGAAUCGAAUUGAAUCAUUUACAUUACCACGCCCGGCCCCGGGCAUCAAUGCCGACGCGUGUUGUCGUUGGAUUGGUGCUCUAUACGAUUUUCAAGAAAAACAAGAACAAAAAACGACACUUUUACUUGAAUAGAAGUUCAGGUGGAAAAAGAGACGCGGAAUAUGUCUCGAGUAAUACACCAACAGGACAGGUCGAGUUUUAGCAUGGCUCGAUAUAAAUAUAUAUUAUAUUACAUGUACUAGACAGACAGACAACAUGCAUGUGUAUGUACGUUUUAAAAUAGAAGCAACCUUCAGAGU